AUGAACGCUCUCGAUUUUCUAGUCGACUUCGCAACUCUUGUGAGCACUUCGGAAGCCUUGAGACAAGGCUAUGAUGGAAACAAUGUCGAUCACAACAUCGAUCCGAUGCACAGUAAAGUGGACUUGGCUUCAGAGCUGGGUGCCCGUCCCACAGAGAAAUCACUCCCCAUCAACGGAGAGCGGCCAGUCAAUACAGCUCAACUUCAGUCCAAUAUGGCGCCACCCUUGUCGCAAAAUAUCUUCUCAGCCUAUGCGGUCGACCGAUCUAGCUCAAACACCCAUUGUCAUGAUCCGUACGAAGAAUUCCUUGCGGUUCCCUCAAACCCUCACAUGAGUCAAUCUUUCGACCAGUUCCUUCAUCAACACCCAGUGCUCGGUCUUUCUUUCAUGACUGCCGACGGUAUGAGCUACCUUGCUUGCGACUGUGAGAGGUUUACCCAGUGGGGUCCGAAUCAUCAGACGGGCUAUUCGCUGCCGACAAAAUCAGUAUCGUGGAGCCAUGUUCAGCCAUAUCAACAGCCACCGAAUCACGAUAUACGAUUCCUAGAAACACAGUUCGUACCCCUUGCGGGAGAAACUCGAGUCCAGUCAUCGCAGUGUAUGGACGCAGCGUGCCAUUGCCAAUACACUCCGCCACAUCAACAAGCUGUGAGCAACGAUUUCUCGCCUUACUUUGAGAGUCUCCUCACACGAUGGGAAGACUGUGCAGACUUGCAGGCCGACGGCUCCUAUUACAUCGACGCGGAUGCCGAUACCUUCGAGCAUAUCCUAAACUUCAUGCGCCGGCCCUCGAGACUUCCUCUCUACUGA